CAUCGCGCAUCUCUAUAAUAAAUACACUUGAAAUAAGUCAUACUUGGCACCAGAUUAUAAUCCAAUAUUUAGUUUUUGAAGAACAUAUAUACAACUUAUUUAUACAUUAAUCACUUAUUUCAAAACUAAUACCACGGUCUAAAAAUACCUAUUUACAUCUACAUACAUAUGUGCGCAUAAUUCUACAUUGCACUGAAUGAUUUCCUAAUCUAUCACAUCAAUAUCAGUAAACAUGCCUAAAUUUUAUAAAGUUGAUAUCAACCGAACUGAGUGGGAAAUACCUGAGCUUUAUCAGCAAUUGCAACCAGUUGGCUCCGGCGCGUAUGGACAGGUGUGCAAGGCUCUUGUACAAGGCACUAAUAUGUAUGUGGCUAUAAAAAAACUGGCACGUCCAUUUCAAUCGGCUGUGCACGCCAAGCGUACUUAUCGCGAAUUACGUUUAUUAAAACAUAUGGACCACGACAAUGUCAUAGGUUUAUUGGACGUUUUCCAUCCACAUCCAGUGGAUGUCACACUUGAAAACUUUCAGCAAGUGUACUUAGUAACACAUCUAAUGGAUGCUGACUUGAAUAAUAUUAUCAGAACACAACGUCUAUCUGAUGAUCAUGUUCAGUUCUUAGUGUAUCAAAUAUUGCGAGGUCUUAAGUAUAUCCAUAGUGCUGGCAUUAUUCAUCGCGAUCUUAAGCCGUCAAAUAUUGCUGUAAAUGAAGAUUGCGAGUUACGUAUUUUAGAUUUUGGACUAGCACGUCCAACAGAAAGCGAGAUGACUGGUUAUGUAGCUACAAGAUGGUAUCGUGCACCAGAAAUUAUGUUAAAUUGGAUGCACUAUAACCAAACCGUAGAUAUCUGGUCUGUGGGUUGCAUUAUGGCAGAAUUACUUACUGGCCGAACUCUAUUCCCCGGCACAGACCAUAUACAUCAAUUAAAUCUUAUAAUGGAAAUAUUAGGUACUCCUCCUGAUGAUUUCAUGAAAAAAAUAUCUUCAGAGAGUGCUCGUAAUUAUAUAAAAUCGUUACCGCCAAUGAAACGACGCAGCUUCAAGGAGGUAUUUAAAGGAGCCAAUCCACUAGCUAUUGAUUUACUGGAGAAAAUGUUGGAAUUAGAUUCAGAAAAACGUAUUACCGCCGAACAAGCGUUAGCCCAUCCUUACAUGGAAAAAUAUUCCGAACCCAGCGAUGAGCAAACAUCACCAUUGUAUGAUCAAAGCUUUGAAGAUAUGGAUUUGCCAGUAGAAAAGUGGAAGGAAUUAGUAUUUAACGAAGUUAUUAACUUCAAGACACCACCGUCAUUUACUCAAAUUCUUCAACAAAUUAAAUAGAUACAAGUUUGAGUAGUGUGACUUAAAACCAUGAUAAAACAUUUAUAUUUAUAGUUUUAUCAUGCUUAAAACAAUAGGUAUGCUCAAAUGGUAUUAAAACAUAAACAAAAGCUUGAAAUGAGGCAAAUAUGGGAGGUUUUUGUAAAAUAAUCUAUUAGAAAACAAAUUGGAUUUUCUUUUUAAAGGACAAUAUGCAGCUCUCAAGAAAACGGCCAAGAAAAAAUUGCCAUUUUUCAUGUGUGUAUCCAAGGAAUUUUUACAUUUGAUUCAUCACAGCCCCGUUGCGUCACUCUUUCCUCAAGAAAUAAUGCAACGGGCAUAUAUUUCUGUUACAAACAUGAGUUGCCUUCAGCGUUGCCGUUUUGCUUAAAUUUAAGCAA